UUUCUAACAUUCACUACUUUGAAGAAGACAAAAGCUCUUCAGUAAUGGCGAUUUCCAUUCCCACCCGGCAGCUAUUCAUCGACGGCGAGUGGAGGGAACCAGUUCUCAAGAAACGCAUCCCCGUCAUCAACCCCACUACUGAAGAAACAAUCGGAUCUAUUCCUGCUGCUACUGCUGAGGAUGUAGAGUUAGCUGUUGAUGCUGCUAGAAAAGCGCUGGCGAGGAAUAAAGGCAAAGAUUGGUCCUCUGCUUCGGGGGCUGUUCGUGCCAAGUAUUUGCGUGCUAUUGCUGCCAAGAUAACAGAGAGGAAACCGGAAUUGGCAAAGCUUGAAUCAAUAGACUGUGGAAAACCUCUGGAAGAAGCUGCAUGGGACAUGGAUGAUGUUGCUGGGUGCUUCGAUUACUAUGCCGAUCUUGCUGAAGGAUUGGAUGCAAAGCAAAAAGCUCCUGUUUCUCUUCCCAUGGAUACAUUCAAGAGCUAUGUUCUAAAAGAACCCAUUGGAGUUGUUGGGUUGAUUACUCCCUGGAACUAUCCUCUAUUGAUGUGUGCAUGGAAAGUUGCACCUGCCUUGGCUGCUGGAUGUGCUGCAAUUCUGAAGCCAUCAGAACUGGCAUCUGUCACCUCUUUGGAACUGGCCGAAAUAUGUAAAGAAGUUGGUCUUCCAUCUGGAAUUUUGAAUGUUCUGACAGGAUACGGGGCUGAAGCUGGUGCUCCUCUAGCAUCUCAUCCUCAUGUUGACAAGAUUGCAUUUACUGGGAGUGGUGCUACUGGAAGCAAGAUUAUGGCAUCAGCUGCCCAACUUGUCAAGCCUGUUACCAUGGAACUUGGUGGAAAAAGUCCGAUUGUUGUUUUUGAUGAUGUUGAUCUUGACAAGGCUGCCGAAUGGACAAUAUUUGGUUGCUUUUGGACAAAUGGUCAGAUUUGCAGUGCCACAUCCCGUCUACUUGUACACGAAAACAUUGCUGAUGAAUUCUUGGAUAAGAUCGUGCAAUGGUGCAAGAACAUUAAGAUUUCAGAUCCUUUAGAAGAAGGUUGCAGACUUGGCCCUGUUGUUAGUGCUUCUCAGUACGAGAAAGUAUUGAAGUUUGUCUCAACUGCUGAGCAAGAAGGUGCAAAGAUUCUAUAUGGUGGAGUUCGCCCUAAGCACCUAAAGAAGGGAUACUUCGUUGAACCAGCAAUUAUUACUAAUGUUACAACCUCCAUGCAAAUAUGGAAAGAAGAAGUCUUUGGACCUGUUCUAUGUGUGAAGACUUUUAGUUCUGAAGAUGAAGCUAUUGAAUUAGCAAACGAUACAAUAUAUGGCCUAGGUGCUGCUGUAAUAUCAAAUGAUUUAGAAAGGUGUGAUCGUGUAGCCAAGGCUUUUCAGGCAGGAAUUGUGUGGAUUAAUUGCUCGCAACCAUGCUUCACUCAAGCCCCAUGGGGAGGCGUCAAACGGAGUGGCUUUGGUCGAGAGCUAGGGGAAUGGGGACUCGAUACUUAUCUGACUGUAAAGCAGGUUACUCAAUACAUAUCCGAUGAACCAUGGGGAUGGUACAAAUCUCCUUCUAAACUGUAAAAGAAACGACUCCUCUGAUUCAGAAUAAGCACUUCUCUUCUACUACUUACGUCUACUCGGAAGAAUAAAGUUGGGUGAAGAAAUUCUUGCAUAAGUAGUUCUACCCUAUGAGUUCUCUGUUUAGUUCAGUUAGUUUGUGUUUAAGAACUCAAUUCAAUUUACUUAAAACAUUAGAUACUAUGAUUGUGAGUCGAUAGAAAAUGGAGUUGGUAGCCUGAAAAAAGGAACUGUUGUAUGAUAUAAUCUGAGCUUCUAUGAAUUCAGGCACUUUCUUUCA